ACAUAUUUGGGUUCUCUUCCGGCAAUCCCCAAUUUGCAAUCGCGCUCUCUCUCUCUGGAGGAGAUUCUGAAAUUCAUCUCUGAUUGAUUGUGAUCGGGAAGAUGUGGAACCAGAAGUAUGAUUUGGAGUCGGCUCAGACGCCUCUGUACCCGAUGAUGAUGGAGAGCCCCGAGCUCCGAUGGUCUUUCAUCCGUAAGGUCUAUUCCAUCAUCUCCAUCCAGCUCCUCGUCACGAUCGCCGUCGCCGCCACCGUCGUUAAAGUUCAUCCGAUAUCCGUCUUCUUCACCACCACCAGCGCCGGCUUCGCCCUCUACAUCCUUGUCAUCUUCACUCCUUUGAUUGUUAUGUGUCCCUUGUAUUAUUACCACCAGAAGCAUCCUGUCAACUAUCUCUUACUCGCCAUUUUCACCGUCUCUCUCGCCUUUGCUGUUGGCUUGACCUGCGCCUUUACCAGCGGAAAAGUCAUCCUCGAGGCUGUGAUUUUGACGGCUGUUGUGGUGGUUUCGCUCACUCUCUACACUUUCUGGGCUGCCAAGAGAGGCCAUGACUUCAACUUCCUCGGUCCCUUCUUGUUCGGCGCUGUCAUUGUCCUUAUGGUCUUUUCCUUCAUCCAGAUUCUCUUCCCUCUAGGAAAGAUCUCGGUGAUGAUCUAUGGUUGUUUGGCAUCCAUCAUCUUUUGUGGCUACAUUGUAUAUGACACUGACAACUUGAUCAAGAGACACUCCUAUGACGAGUACAUUUGGGCUGCAAUUUCGCUUUAUUUGGACGUCAUUAACCUCUUCCUAUCUCUGCUCACUCUCUUGAGGGCUGCUGAUAGUUAAAAACACACCUCUUCUCUAGAUUUAUGUUAUUGCCAUCUACUCUUACGUGUUUAAAUUCGUUUUGCAAUUAAAUUUGUGUCUUGUUUGAAACGCUGUAACAUAAAAUGGAAGCUAAUACAUUGUACU